AUGAGCCAGGAGAAACGUCGCUGCCCCUCUGACUACUCCCUUGAGGAGCUGGAAGAGCUGGAAAUGGAGUUGAAACGAAGACGAAUGGAAUCCAAUGAACCGCCCGCUUCCAUCGCCGCCACAGCCAACAACAACACUACCAACAACGACAACAAAGGCACUUUAAGCAUCCACACUUCACGUAGCAUUCUUUGGGACUUGCUUCAGUCAAGAUCUGAUUUUGAAAUAAUAAGAACUCUUCACGUGAAUGAUGCCAUGGUUUUGUUGCGGCAGCAUCCAUCGUUAGUAACCAAACCCUUUCAGGGACGAUCAGUGCUGUCAUUUUUUAUGCGCAAUGAUGUUCCAAGCUCAAUUAUCCAGGAGCUUUGUGCCAUGUGGAAAUCCAUCAAUCCUCAAAAUGAUGAAGAUGAAGAUUGGCAAAGCACUGGUUUUGAAGAGGAACCAAACUUUGUAUUGGAUGCUUGCAGAUACUGCUCCAAUCCAGACACUUUUCGGCUUCUUGUGAAGGAGUUUCCAGAUCAAGCUGCUAUUGAGGAUGGUCCAUGUGAGCUGUUUCUCAAGCGAUGUGAUUACGAUGACUAUGAUGACUUCGAUUAUGGAAUUUGCAAUUAUGGCGAGCGCAACAUUGAAUGCUUCCAAUCCAAACUGGUUCUCGAGGCUGUACAGUCAUGCCCAAACCUCAAGGAUCUCAGCUUGGAACCAUCACAUUAUGCGAGUUCCACAACUGCCAGAGAUGCCCAAGCAGUCUGCAAUCUCUACCAGGAGAUUCUUCUUGGGACAAACAAUCUGGAAGCCUUCAAUGUAACAGUGCUUCCACAAACUGAUGGACCAUCAUUGAGCAAGCUGCUUCAGGCUGCUUUUGCCAAGCUCAGAUCAUUUGUCUUGGCUGGGUAUAGACAGAAUGAUGAUGCGUGCGCCCCUUUUGAAAUACCACCCAACAGCAGACUUCAAAGCUUCAAGUUUGCAGUGUCAUUGGGUGCAAAGACUACAAAAGGUAUUCUUGGACUCCUUUGUGGUUUGACAUUAUUGAAUUCCUUGAAUUUUCAUGAGCGCCACAACAACCUGAGUGAAGUCAACAUCAGUGAUGAAAUUCUGGAGCUCCUGGCACAAAAUCGCCUUGAAUCUCUUGGGUUCUGCGACAUUGGAGUCAGUUUUCUCGAGAGCCUGGUGGAUGGUUUGAAAGAGAACACAUCAGUGAAGAAACUUUGUCAGUGCUACCAAACAAAAAUGGUUUCUUUAGCGACCCUCAAAUAUUUUGCCAGCAUGAUGGAACACAAUGUCUUGCUUGAGGAUGUGACGUUUGCGUACAGGUACACCUUGAGAAGAAGAGAUUUCAGGCCAACUGUUGCUCAAAUCCAGUACUGGGCAGAUUGCAACAAAUGUGGAAGGGGCAAGCUGAGUGAUCCCAAGGCACCAUUGGAUGAGUUGUUUGUGGCCUUGGAGACCGCCAAAGCGAAAACCCCUUAUUCUUAUUAUUGUCCAGACAAACUCUGGUAUGGGCUCCUCCGAGCCAACCCAGGAAUUUGGGCUGAAGCUGCAUUGACUGGACUUUGA